AUGGCCAUACCUCGCCUGCAUUUAGGCAAGAGCCGCGCUGGAGGGAGCAGCGUUGAUCUCCCUCUUCCUCUCUCCCUUGUGUGAUAUGCCAGUCUAUAAAACGCUGCUCUCUUGUCUUGCUCCGCCUCAGUGGUGUCCAGGCAAGGGAGAAACGAAUGGCCAGUGUUAUGCCUACACUCAGCCGGAGCGAUGGAGGAAUUAAACGAGUGUGAACACUUCCCCGAGAGAAAGGGAAAAGGGGAACUGACUAGCGCGGUUGCUUCCAAGUCCCGGUGAAUGAUCAGAAGAGACCACAUUGCCGAACUUUCCAUUCUCCUGACCCGUGGACAACGUAUACUGUAUUGAGAGGGGAGUAGAUCGGAGCUCUUUAAGGACCGUCAUAAUCGCUGCAAUGGGAGAAUAAUGCCCCGCAAGCCGUGUACGUCCAAAAGGUUUCAUUUUAGCUAAGAAAUAUAUAUGUUAUGUGCAUAUCCUUCGUGAGCUAUAUGCUUAAAAUGGAGAAGCCACCAACCAGCUUCAGAGAAAUUUUCCUUAAAGCUGGAUUUAGCUGAAGAUCAACUGGUGACAGAUCUGGGAGGUAAUGUUCAAUCCAAAAACUUCAGAUUUCUAUCUAGUUCAAAGGGCUGCUGAUGCUCUUAUAUUUUAAGGAAAAGCUGGAAUUUGCAGUUUUGCCCUGGAGUUGAUGGGAUUAAGCAAUUUGGGAGAAUUCUUCCAGAAAGGAGCACUCUUACUAAAAUUGAAACUGAACAGUUUUUGGGACCAGAGACGUUGGAGACAUCAGAGUGCUUUUAUGCAUGUGGAAAAUUGGAUCGAGUGGGUUACCGGAGGGGUUGAGGAACCAGUUUGAAUAGUGGUGCAAAGGGAGACUUGAAGGGGAGAGUGGGAGGUGGGAGACCAUGUCCAGAGCGAACAGUGUGAGCCCCCCAGGUGCUGGAUCAGCUCCCACAGGAGGUAAUGAGCACCGGGCAGCCUGGGCAGAGGGCGAGGUGGGCACCUUGCAGUCCAGAGCCAAUGGCAUCUCAAUCCCCAGCAGGAGAGCCAGGGAUAAGCGAUGGAAGGGUGAAGAGGUGGAUGAGGAGAAUGGCCAGCAACAGUUACCCAGGAAAUCCAGCAGGCUCAGCUUCCGAUCCAAGUCUGCAUGGCAGGAACAGCUAGACAGGGAAGGUGGAUCAGCAAGCCGGAAUAGUGUGGCCCGGCCCAGGCAUCAGUUCCGACUGGAUGGGGAGGUGCGACCGAAAUCAGUGGAGGUGGGACUGGAAGAGAGAGCCAUGUCUAAGCUGGCUGAUAUUGAUUCCUCAGCCUCCGAUGUUGACAUCUCCUUCGCAGAUUGCUGCCACCGACUGUUUCGGAUCUUCCAGUCCAAGAAAUUCCAAUCUGAGAAGUUGGAGAGGCUGUACCAGCGUUACUUCUUCCGCUUGAACCAGAGCAGCUUGACCAUGCUGAUGGGGGUCCUGGUGCUAGUCUGCGCCGUUCUGCUGGCUUUCCAUUGUGUCCAGGGGAGCUACGAGCUCCCAUACCUAGUGAUUUUGGCUGUGACCAUUGUCCUGGUCCUUACGCUGAUGGUGGUCUGCAAUCGUAACGGCUUCCACCAGGACCACAUGUGGAUCAUCUGCUACCUGCUCAUUCUGGUGAUCCUGGCGGUGGAGAUCAUCGGGCUGCUGUUGGUAGAGCCACGCUCUGCAUCGGAGGGGAUCUGGUGGACCAUCUUCUUCAUUUAUAUCAUCUACACCUUGCUGCCCAUCCGAAUGAGAGCAGCAGUCAUCAGUGGCAUUCUCUUAUCAUCCCUCCACCUUGGCAUAUCUUGGAGGAGGAACCUGGUGGACCCCUUCCUGUGGAAACAGGAUUUGCCAACCCUUCCAGAAUACUUGCGAUUGUUCCAGAAUGGACAAAUCAAUCUCACGGCCACCACUGCCAUUGACCCAAAGGGGAAAGUAUUCUCAUGUUCCUGUUUUGGGCUUGUGAGAAAUGGAGAAUAUUACAUUAUGUUACUCUUGACAUUUAUUACAAGAUGAUGGACAGACUCUGGGUGUCAGGAGGUCAGUUACAGAAUUCCCAACCUCUGAUCUGGCUCACAGUAGUUAUGGAGCUUACCUAGUUCAGCUCCUGGUCACCAGUGGACAUCCUUGCACUCAGAAUGCUGAUAGCAAGCAAACCAACGAUUUGAAUGUCAAAGGGAGGUGAUUUGUCUCUCAGUUUGGUGGUGUUCAUUGCCUUGUACUUGGGAGGCAGAAACAUGAUUUGCCAUUUGACAGCCCUAACCUGCAUGUUGUUCUGAUUUAC